GUUAACAGUAAUCCUUUCUCUUGUACUUAGUCUCUCCAGUAUAAACGAUUGGUUGACUGAUUUAAGUGGCUUAAACCUGCAUUCUUUCUGACGACCAGGAGGGGGAGGGGCUGCUGGGACUGUGGUGGCAAAAAAAAAAAAAAGGACAUCAGGUUAUACAGAAACUUAUAGAAAAAGGGAACUUCUGUUUAAGAACUUUAGUUUUUUGUGUUAUUAAAAAGGUAAUUCUGUCAUUUCCAUUUGUAAUUAGAGUCAGAAAGGAUAUGCUCAUUAGCUAAUGGCUAAUGAUUUGUCAAUCACAAGUAGAGCAGAUUGAGUAGAGAGAAAGUGGCAGCUUAAGACAGACUGAUUCAGCUCCACAGAUACCAAAAAACAUGCAAUAAAGUCUUUAUAACAUUAUUUAACAGCAGAAUUCCCCAUAUAUAAACAAAGUCAAUUCUUGUCUUUUAUCAUGUGCAGCCACUUCUUGUGCAUUAAUUACCUGUAUGAAGGUGUGUAUGUGUUUGUUUCUGAGUAUUUUGAUGUUUUUGUUUAGCUUUUUUAAACAAACAGAUAUUUUUGAAUUCAUCUGCACGCUGCUUUUAAAUGCCUUACUUAAAAGCUGCACUGUUUGAUGACAGUACUGUAAAACAUUCACCAUGGCUCACUGCACUUGCAUAUGUCAUUUUCUCCUUUGCACAGUACAGGUAAGGGAAGUGGGUAACAUGUGAAGUAAUUGUUCUGAUUUCCUCUUCCUGUUUUUCAUAGCAGCAGUACCCAUCAUCCUGUUCAUCUCCGAUCCUGACACAGUAGGUGUUUCGAGUAACGCCACAGAUCUGGCAGGAGAUUUAAAUCUUUGUGCAAUGAUUUGUAAGGUUUCAGCCUCAUAAGAUUGGAAACGAAUCACCAUCCGAUUGACAGAUCUGAUGGUUUCUACGUGAAAGAUGAUACGGUGCAUUGUAGCAUGCCACGUUUGUACUGUGGUUAGUACUGCCUCAAGUGAAAGCAACAAACCACAACACCGCAGAGAGACAGGUGUGCAGAAAGCUAGUGCAGAUCUUGAGUUAAAAAAGCACCUCUGUAGGGUUUCACCUCAUGUCCAGCAUUAGCCCUGAAUGUCACAGUAACAGCAGCAAAUGUCAAUGAAAGCAAAACUAUCUUUCAGUAUGAACACAAAACAUUCAGAGAAUUCAUCUGUUUCAUUCAGCUCUAAGCAAAUGCUGAUUAUUAUCAGGUCAAAUACGUGUUAGCUCUUAGAUUAGUAUCUGCCGACUCCAACGUGUAGCUUUGAACUUCAGCCAUUCCUUAGGCGCAGAAUCACUCAAGUUCCUCUGAACUAACAUUUGAAAUUUUCACAGUGCUUUACGCAUCAACACCUACGACUUCUCAGUUAGAUACAAGGAACAAAGGGCUGUGCAAAGAAAUGUCAAUGUUGGCUAGUAGUGUUAACAAAUAAUUCAACGUGAUCAAAACCACCAAACCUGUGCUUUCUUUUUAUUCUAUAGAUCAUGUGUAGUGUUGCAUGGUAGAGUGAAGAUUUUGAAGAGGUUAUAAUCUCUUUAAAAAAUAAUAGAGAGUUGUAGUAAGUGGGUAGGGGUGUGUGUGAGUGUGUGUGAGAGAGUUAGGGAGAGAGAAACAAAGAACACCAACUGGCACGCACCAUCGUAGCUUGACUUCCAUCUAUAUUUCAUAUUAUAUCACUGCGCCAUUAAGUGAAGUUAGCUUUUGUGACAUGUGGUUUCACUUCACAUGUGGUGGUUACCACGUGAUGUGGUAUCAGGAAAAAAAAUUCAGAGACCUGUCAGUGAGAAUGAAGGGAAAGCACCAUCAAAUAGACAGAUCUGCGCGUGCAGCGGCUUUACCUGCAGUGAACUACCGUCAGCCAACAUGACUCCUCUCAGAGCUCUCCAGAACUUUCUGCCGACUGUGCUGGUAUGGUUAAUGACCUCCAAGCCUUGCUUGUCCGACGAUGGAAAUUACACAACCACUACAUUCACAGACUACAGCUUUUCCAGCUUCGAUUACAGUGACAUUCCUGAACUCUGUAAGAAGGAGUCCAAUCGCCAGUUCCGCUUCGUGUUUACGCCCAUCCUUUUCUCCAUCACCUGCUUCCUGGGGCUGGCAGGAAACAUGCUCGUCAUCCUCACUUAUCUCUACUUCAAGCGACUCAAGACCAUGACCGAUGUGUACCUGCUCAACUUGUCCUUCGCAGACCUGCUCUUCGCCCUGUCCCUCCCCUUUUGGGCAGCCAACUCCAUGGCAGAAUGGGUGCUGGGUAUAGGGCUGUGUAAAGCCAUGCACACCAUUUAUAAGGUUAGCUUCUACAGCAGCAUGUUGCUUCUGUCCCUCAUCAGUGUCGACCGCUACUUUGCCAUCUCCAAAGCGAUCUCUGCUCACCGCCACCGCUCCCAGGCAGUGAUUAUCAGCAAGUUGUCAUCAGCUUUGGUCUGGGUGUUGGCCCUGAUCUUCUCCGUGCCAGAAAUGGCAUACACCACCAUCAAUAACAAAACCUGCACCCCUUUCUCCAGCAACUAUGACCCACUUCGCAUCACCAUCCAGGCAACUCAGAUCGCUUUGGGUUUUGUCCUUCCUUUCUUGUUUAUGAUCUUCUGCUACAGCAGCAUCCUCAGGACCCUUUACUAUGCUCGUAGCUUUGAACGGAAUAAGGCCAUCAAGGUGAUUCUCGCUGUGGUCGCCGUCUUCUUGGUCUUCCAGACGCCUUAUAACGUGGUCCUGUUUUGGAACACAGUUGUUACAGCACGCGGAGUACAGAUCGACUGCAAAUACGAAAACAACCUCCUCUACGCCACCGACACGACCCAGAGUUUGGCCUUCCUGAGGUGCUGCCUGAACCCCUUUGUUUACGCCUUUGUCGGUACAAAGUUUCGUUACGACCUCCUGAAACUACUGAAAGAGUUUGGCUGCAUGAGCCAGGAGAGGUUCUUUAGGUAUACCUGCGGGAGGAGGCGGAGCUCAGUGCCCACUGAAACUGAGACCACCACCACAUUUUCUCCUUAAAACGGCGUCCGUGUGGAGGAGUCAGCACCUUCAGCUUAGUGUUACACACCUGCUUACAAAGAGCUAUGGACCAAUAUCAAAGCAUAUGUUUUUAUAUGUAGAUAGCUUAACUGGGACUUUUGUGGAGGACUGCACAAAUAAGCUGAACGAAAUUUGGCUCAAUCUUAAUUUUAUGUCGCUGCUUGAAAAAAAAUCUGAAUGACUCAAAUGGAUUUCCAGAUGUUUUUCUGCUCUCCUUGUUUUUGUAUAUUUGUUCUAAGGUAGAAUAUUUCAAGAUAUUUGUGAUCUUAAAGAAAAAUGUCAACAGUAUUAAACACCUUACCACACAGUGUUGCAAACAACAGAAAAGUGCAUUUUUAGUUAAAAAUACGUUAGAUAUACACAGCAGAAGUUUGAUCUACAUAGAUUUUCUUUCUUUUUAUCACCCGAGUUUAUUUCUGUCUGUAUCUGUUAAACAACUUUCAUGAUCAUUUUUGCAUUUGCUACAAUGUAUAUUAUUUCAAAAAGUCUGUUUGUGCUUGUUAUUCAAAGCAGGGUAUAUCAAAUCAAACUAAAGUCAGCUGUGUACCUUUUAUUUGUACUUUUCUCUGCCAUUUGUAAAUAGCCCAGAUUAUCAAAACAAGAUUAAAUAUAUUAAAACAAGAUUUCAGGUGCACUUAUUACGUCAAAAAUAGCGAUGGCAUAUUCAGAGAAAUUACAAUUAAAAAUGUGCACUUUGUCAUACUUCAUAUGCUAGCUGCACAGGAUCUGUUGUUCUUUUUUGUCCUGUAUAUAGCGUUCCAACACUGGAAGCUCACAUUAAUCCCUGCGAGCUAAAAGCUCAGGCUUCAGAUGUCACUCACCUGCUCUCCAAUAUCAGUUUGCAAGGGGCAGCCAAUCAGAAAAAAGGUGAUGUUAAAGCAUGAUUCAGAUAGCGUAUGAAGGUCCAGGAUAAACACAUAAUGCAUAGGAUAAAUAAAGAUUAUUCUGAAUUUUGAAUCAUGUAAAGUUACUCUAGUAUCUACAGUCGUAAAAUAAUAAAAAUAUUAAGUUGGA